AUGGGCACUCAGUGCUGUAAGACAGACCGGUCGUACGUAGUCAUAUUAGAAGACCAUGAAGAAGCCAUCUUGGUGACAGUGAAAGAGGAAGAGGAAGACUCUCCCGCCGCAGACUUGCCCCCAGAGCUACCUCCCCCACCCUCACCCCGACCCUCACCCCGACCCCGACCCCGACCCCCACCCCCACCCAGAAGGAAGCCCCCUGACGAAGAGGAAGAAGCCAUAAAGAUCCAGGCCUGGUGGCGAGGCACCCUGGUGCGCCGGACGCUGCUGCACGCGGCGCUCAGAGCGGCCAUCAUUCAGCGCUGGUGGAGGCAGGUGCGGGCCCGGCUGCUGGAGCGGCGGCGGCGGGCGGCCCUGGACUCCUGGGUGCGGGAAGCGUGGGCGGCGGUCAGGCUGCAGUCCUGGGUCCGCAUGUGGCGCGUCCGCCAGCGUUACAGCCGCCUGCUGCACGCCGUGCGCAUCAUCCAGGGCUACUGGCGCUGGCACAACUGCCAUACCAACGGCGUUUUCCAGGGCAGGUACGAGCUCACAGCAAACCAGCUAGGAAUUGAACUGGAGAUCUUUCUGGGGUCACAGAUCUGUCGGAUUACAGACUGCAUCCCCUUCCCAAUAAAGAACUGAUCAGGUCUGCCCCAA